AUGUCCGUGGUGUAUGUUGAUCCCAUUCCGGAAGGCUGGGAAAUGCGCUUGGAUGAUGCAACACAGACAUAUUAUUUCAUUGACCAUAAUAAUCAGGUUACCCAAUGGCAGCACCCAAUUAACAAACUCGUUUAUCGACCUUCUAACCGCCGUGAGCUGCCUAAUGGUGUUCAAUCCACACCCAUUACUAUAAAUAGACAAAACACUUCUGAUUCUGAGGUUAAAACCGGCCAUUAUCAGCCCCAGAAACUUUCUGGUGCAACUAGCUCGGGAACUGACGCCCUUUCUUAUGUCAAAAAUGAAACUCCUCUGGAGGAUAUAAGUCGUACAUCUGAGUUGGAUGAACAGUGUGGGAAGAAAAAUGAGGACACCUCGAUUAUAUCUAAGGUCCUUGAGAAGGCUGCUCCUGUGAUCAAGGAGGUUAACUCCUUUAAUGGUAUUGCAGGUGAUAAGGAAUAUCUCCGAUUAAUGGAGACAUUGGAGGUAUUAAUUCUGGAGUUGGAUGGUAUCGGUGUUGACGGUCAGGAUAGCGUUCGAACGGCUCGCCGUGCUGCAGUUCGUGAGAUUCAGCAGGCUAUUGAGAUGUUGGAGUUCCGUGGUUCAAUAAAUUCUAGUCGUGACCCAACUGGUAGCCAGGAGCCGGCAGUUGUUGAAUCUCUCCCUCCAUCAGAAGACGGGAGUUAG